GACUACAGGACUCGCGCCAGUAUGCGAUCAGCCUUACGCUGCUAUAUGUCGGUGGUGGAGUAUAGUGCUGUGUGCGAUCAGCUGAAAGUGAGAGUUCAACCCUUCUAAUGAAAUAAACCACCAAGAUGUUAGCGUCAACCCUAUCAACGCUGCUGGGGCCGCGCAUGCGCGACACUCUCUCCCUACGCAAGCCAAUCAUAGAGAACAUAGCCUUCAAAUUGCACUACCAGCUCACAGUGACGCUCCUAUUGCUGGCUGUGAUCCUCGUCUGCGCAAGAGACUAUAUCGGAGCGAGCAUCAGUUGUAUGGCAGAUGCUGGGAUACCGACGCCUUUGAUUGAGAAAUACUGCUUCUUUAUGGCUACUUUUACUAUUGUUCGACAUUACAACGAGAGUCUGCUGCAAGGCGGGUUCCUGCCCCACCCUGGAGUGGGUCCCCUCUCGGAUUCUGACGAGACCCUGCAUCAUACGUACUACCAGUGGGUGCCGUUCGUGCUCUUCAUUCAGUCCAUCUGCUUCUAUAUGCCGCAUUAUAUCUGGAAGAAGAAAGAAGGGGGCAGAAUACGGGCUCUAGUGAACGGCCUGCAGUACGCCAGCCUAGCGUUAACGACAGAAGACAUGAAUGUAGCCGGCAUGGACGUACCUUCAAAGGAGACGCUGGAAAAACGCAUUGACAUCAUCAGGAGAGAUAUUAAACUGAGGUUGCGUAUCACCCGUACCUGGUCAGUAUGGCUGGUAUCCAUGGAGGUGGUGAACCUCCUUCACGUCAUGUUCCAGAUCUGGAUCAUUGACAGGUUCCUCAACGGAGCCUUCAUAGGGCUCGGUCCCAGUGUGCUCAACUACGACGAAUGGAAUAACAUUGCUGAUCCAUUGGAAACUGUAUUUCCUAAGGUGACAAAGUGCAUCUUCCACAAGUACGGUCCCAGUGGCUCCAUCCAGCAACACGAUGCGCUCUGCGUGAUGGCUCUCAACAUCAUCCACGAGAAGAUCUACACUGUCCUCUGGUUCUGGUUCCUGUUCCUCUUCAUCGUGUCUGUUCUUGCUGUAGUCUGGCGUUUCAUAUCGUUCUUCCUAUACCGCCGUUCUCCGAAGUUCAACAUGAUGAUGUUCCAACGAGCGACUCGCGCCAAAUUUGAUCCCUACAACGUCAUUGACGUCGUGAACGGCUGCCAGUUCGGAGACUGGCUGUUCCUUUACUACCUCGCUAAGAACAUGCAGGGCUUUGUCUUCCAGCAACUCUUCGCCCGACUAGCAGAAGAGUUAGGGAAGCGAGACAUGCCUGACAAUGACGACCCCGAUGAGAAGAAGGGAGCUGAACCUAUCCUAGUAGGCCAUGUGAACUAUGACGACGAAACACUACCACUUAAGCCUGACAAGAAAGCCUCAUAGUGAGGACUGAUAUUUAUUAGGAAAUACUUGAAAUGAGAGAUAGGUUAACAAACAUUAGCAGGGUUUUAGGCAAUAAUCGAAAUUAUUUUUCUGGUUAUAAGAAUAUAUGAUCUAUUGCCAUAAUUUUUAAGUAUUAAAUUAAUUACUUAUUUUGGUUUUGCUCAAAAUAAACUUUAAGUGGUUUUGUACAGAAAAUUAAUGAAAGCAAUUAAUUUAUUAAAAUCAUAGAUUAUACGUGAAACAGUAUUUAGAAAAUCCUUUAGAUUAUUUAAUCAAUUUGUAACAUAAAUAAUGUUUAUUCGUGAGAUAUGCGACCCCUUAAAACUUCGAUUCAGAACGGACUUAGGAAAAAAUCGACUGCAGGUUUUUUUAUUAGGUAAGUAAGUAUAUUUUAUAAGCAACGUAUAAAAACGUCCUUCUGGACUCGAUAAUAAUCAGUUUUCUUAAAAGAAGUUCUGAAUCGAUCGGCUGAAGAAAUCGAUGUAUAAUGAUGAUGACAGCUACGAAAUUACGCAUUUUUGUACAAUUUAAUUUAAAUUGUCUAGUCCAUAUAUGUUUUGUUAUGUUUUUUAAAGUUUAUGUGAAUAUAAGUGUGUUGUUUUUAAAA